AUGGCUCUUUCUAAGAAGUUGACUCUGGACAAAUUGGAUCUUAAGGAAAAAAGAGUCAUCAUGAGAGUAGACUUCAACGUUCCCAUGAAGAAUAACCAAAUAACAAACAACCAGAGAAUCAAGGCUGCCAUCCCAAGCAUCAAGUACUGUCUGGACAAUGGAGCCAAGUCCGUAGUUCUCAUGAGUCACCUCGGCCGUCCUGACGGUAUCCCCAUGCCAGACAAAUAUUCAUUAGAGCCUGUUGCUGCUGAGCUCAAGUCCCUGCUGAACAAGGACGUUAUAUUCUUGAAGGACUGCGUGGGCUCUGAGAUAGAGAAAGCCUGUGCUAACCCAGGUAAUGGGUCUGUCAUCCUGCUGGAGAACCUGCGAUUCCACGUGGAGGAAGAAGGUAAGGGAAAAGAUUCUUCUGGGAAAAAGGUUAGCGCUGAUCCUGAAAAAGUAGAAGCCUUCCGCGCGUCACUGUCUAAACUUGGCGAUGUCUACGUCAAUGAUGCUUUUGGCACUGCGCAUCGGGCUCACAGUUCCAUGGUGGGAGUAAAUUUGCCCCAGAAAGCAUCUGGGUUCCUUAUGAAGAAGGAACUAGAUUACUUUUCCAAGGUUUUAGAAAACCCAGAGAGGCCCUUCCUGGCUAUCCUUGGUGGAGCUAAAGUGACGGAUAAGAUCCAACUCAUCAAAAAUAUGUUAGACAAAGUCAACUUCAUGAUUAUUGGUGGUGGGAUGGCUUACACCUUCCUGAAAGAACUCACGAACAUGCAGAUUGGUGCUUCCUUGUUUGACGAAGAGGGAGCCACGAUUGUCAAAGAGAUCAUGGACAAAGCAGAAAAAAAUGGUGUAAAGAUAUCCUUUCCUGUUGACUUCGUUACUGGUGACAAGUUUGAUGAGCAUGCUAAAGUUGGACAAGCCACUAUAGAAUCUGGUAUACCGUCUGGCUGGAUGGGUUUGGACUGUGGCCCUGAGAGCAUUAAAAACAAUGCUCAAAUUGUAGCCCAAGCAAAACUGAUUGUUUGGAAUGGACCUAUGGGGGUAUUUGAAUGGGAUGCCUUUUCUAAGGGAACAAAAGCCCUCAUGGAUGAAGUUGUAAAGGCCACCUCCAAGGGCUGCAUCACCAUUAUAGGAGGUGGAGAUACUGCCACUUGCUGUGCCAAAUGGAACACUGAAGACAAGGUCAGUCAUGUGAGCACAGGAGGCGGGGCAAGUCUUGAGCUUCUGGAAGGUAAAACCCUUCCAGGCGUAGAGGCCCUCAGCAACAUGUAA